AGAGGAGGCAAAAAAAAAUAGAACUUCCUUUUGUACGAAGGUCGGUAAAUAUAACAAAGCUAUUUGAGAUCUCUUGGUCAGCACCAUGGGGCGGCUGGAUGGGAAGAUAAUCCUGUUGUCUGCGGCAGCACAGGGCAUUGGCCGAGCAGCUGCUAUUGCUUUUGCUAAAGAAGGAGCCAAAGUCAUUGCUACAGAUAUCAAUGAGUCAAAACUGCAAGAACUGGGGAAAUAUCCAGGCAUUCAAAUACGGGUUCUGGAUGUCACCAAAAAGGAGCAGAUUGAAAAUCUGGCCAAGGAGAUUGAAAAGAUUGACGUGCUGUGUAACAUUGCAGGGUUUGUUCACCAUGGAACCAUUCUGGAGUGUGAGGAGCAAGACUGGGACUUCACGAUGAACCUCAAUGUUCGCAGCAUGUACCUCAUGAUCAAGACUUUCCUUCCAAAGAUGCUUAAACAGAAAUCUGGAAAUAUUAUAAAUAUGUCUUCUGUAGCAUCCAGCAUCAAAGGAGUUGUGAACAGGUGUGUCUACAGUACUUCAAAGGCAGCAGUUAUUGGGCUAACAAAGGCUGUGGCUGCUGAUUUCAUUGAACAAGGCAUCAGAUGCAACUGCAUAUGUCCUGGAACUGUUGACACGCCAUCUUUACAGGAAAGAAUCCAAGCCCGGCCUAACCCAGAACAGGCAUUGAAGGACUUUCUGGCCAGACAGAAGACUGGCAGGAUGGCUACUGCAGAAGAAGUGGCCCAUCUCUUUGUGUACUUGGCCUCUGAUGAAUCUGCCUAUGUGACUGGUAAUGAACUAAUCAUCGAUGGAGGAUGGAGCUUGUGAUUGACUCUGCCUGCAAAUGGAAAUUCAUACUAUGAUGGGCAAAAAAUGAGGAUGGUGUUUCUUGCAGAGAUUGAGAUCAUGCAUGUGAUGUCUUUCCAAACAAAUUUGCUGCUAUCUCUAGAUGGAUCUUCCUGAUUAACUUUUCCUUAAAUAGAGAAACACUAGAGUAAAACAUACUUCAUGUGGCUUCAAUUUAUGGCAACUCCAAAAACAUGAAAGAACAGCAGCUUAAUGUUUAAGAUUUCAGGAGGCCAAAAUUAUUAUUCAAGUUAUGAAAUCUGAGUUGUGUUUUAAGCAAAAUCUGAGUGAAGGGAAUUAACUAUUAUCUUUAUUCUCACCUUAUGAGGUAUUUGGAAAUUAAAUACUCACAAUUAGAUUUUCAUGUACAGGAACAACUAUGCAAGGGCAAUAUUCUAGCAGGUAUAGAUGGGGGUAUAUGUGAGAGGAGUAUUCUUAAAUACAUGGGUGGAUCUUUAUUAAUAUGCUUGACUUGUAGCACAAAAGCAAAAGGAUUGGAUUUUACCACUCUAGAUAGAGACGAUAUAUUGGUCUCCAAAAUGAUGUACUAAUAUUGGACAAAUUCUGUAAAAUCUGUUGCUAGGUGCUACACUUUGGUGCUCUAUGCAUUAUUCUCACAUAGCUCACACUAAAGCACAAGGCAAAAUUUCUCUGAAAAGGACUGUUUCUACAAGAGUAUGUGCUGAUGUUUUUAUUGCGAUAGCACGUGGUAGCUUUGAUUCAUGAAAUAGAAACCUAUGAUUGUCAA